GCUGAUACCCCCGAACAAACCCGUUUGGUCGCCCCCCUCAUCGUCACUCUUAUUGAUGCAAUGUUAGGCUUGAAACCUGCUCACAGUUUAUUGGACUUGCAUGCUAUUCGAGAGCCAGUGUCUUUACAAACUGAGGGACACGCAUCCAGAUUUGUGCAAGUGUUGGACGAAGGCAUGUGCGUUGUUCGGGAGGACCUAACGGAAUGGCUACAGCGGUAUCUGUUCUCCUCAUCAGGAGCACUGCCUAUUGAUCCUCCGCUACUCCUGGUUCGUCUGCGAUCCGGAUUGUGGUUAGCUCGUUUGGCGUACAAACUUCAUCUCUCAGUAUUAAAACCACAUGAGAAUUCACUCGUCGGACCAAAGAAGAGCUCUGAAAAUUAUGGUUUUCUGCGCGGUGGUGUGUCUAAUCAAAGUUUACGAGCGGUUUCCGGUUCGUCUUUACCACCGUUCCCACGGACCUUGAUGGCCUGUGCCAAACUUCCUCUGGGUCCUCAAGAUAUCGAAAUUGACACAAACAAUUCUUCAUCUGCACUAGACGGGAGUACCAGUUCAUCUUCAGCGUACAGUUCUUCAAGCUCGCCGGAUCACCCUGCGGGCCAAUACAACAAAGACGCACAACCUAGAUUACGAAUUGCCGAUCAUUGGCUGGCUCGUGACAAUAUCAGCUGCUUCAUUGAGUGGUGUAAGAACUUGGGGAUACCUCAGACGGUACUUUUUGAGACCACAGGACUGGUCCAUUGCACAGAAGAGAAAAACGUGCUUCUCACUCUGAUGGAGCUGGCUCGAAUUGCCAGUCGUUUUGGAUUGGCCGAUCUCCCGGAACUGGUUCGCAUGGAACGUGAAAUCGACGCGUUGGAGGAGAAGCGGUUACUGGAGGAAAAUCAGUGUCUCACGCGGUCACCCAAUAAUCAUUGUCAGUCAACCACCGUAGCUGUGUCAGACUCUGGAGAUUAUGUCACACUAAAUGGUGGGGGACACCAUGAAAUGACGUACCGCCAGUCUUUUGACUCGAGGUCACCGUGCACUGCCGCCGAUGUGGCUAUUGGUAACGCGGACCGCCGGUUUUCCACAUCCCUUUGUUUCAAUGUGACUCAAAACCAUCAUCCAGUCGUCAGCAGAAUCGAUUGCUCCACUUCCACUCUGUCGAAUAUAUCGUUAUCAGAAUCGGCAGCCGCGGCGCUCUCCCAAACUGCUACUCGAAAUGAAACUUGCCAAACUGUUGCGACUCAUCUUGAUGGCUUUUCGCCCGUUCACCCCGACGUCACUGCGCGAAAUGAUCAACAAAUUAGAGACCAAACUCGUCCUCGUCAGUUCGAAAACACAUUGCGUUCUUCGGAUGAAUUCGUGUCAGAUCAAACUCCGGUCCAAGUAGCCUCCGUGGAUCUCUCAUCUCUGACUCUACUGAAUCGUUCUGUUCUCAAAUCUGGUUCUAAGAGGCAACCGGACAUGUUAAGCCCCUUCAGAUCCACAGGCGACCAGCUGUUUUCUGUCUCAACACCUUGCAAAUUGAUGAAAAUCGAUGCCUCGGUUCUAUCUGGCGUCGAUUACUUUGCUCCCACCAAGCCUAUCCCGCAUUCUGAGGGUAGUUACACCCCAGUAACUAUCCUUCAUGAACUAAAGCUAGGAUCAUCAACUUCUGGCAGCGAAGAAAUUGACAGCCUUCAAACUUGCUCACUGAACAACUACGUGGCGAAGGGUCAGCCUCCUGAAACUUUCAGCGUUAUUACUAAACCGCUAAGCGACCAGAGUAUAAUUGCUGAACAGGUGAACAAGAAGCUAGCACUUUGCACAUGCUGCAACCGGUUGCACCUUCAAGAGCUCGAGGAGGGUCGUUAUCGUAUGGGCACUCGCAUCUUUUAUCUGCGUCGGUUCCGCAAUCAUGUCAUGGUCCGCGUUGGCGGGGGUUGGAUCACAUUAGAUCAAUUCCUGACGCGGUAUGACCCGUGUAGACGUGGCACUACUUCGGUCCACCCGCCUUCGUCUACGUCGAUGUCAUCCACUGUUACUGGAUACGAGUCAGCUAAUGUGACACUGGAUAAGUCUGGAUUUGCUGGCUCCAUGGUCAAUCUACACCGUCGUUGGUCGAAGGCUGGUAGCCAUCAUAGUAACGAGAAUGGUGAAGUCAGCAGUGACUCAUCACAUUUUGGUAACCAACCUGAUACUGCAACCGUAGUGCACUCAGUUAAGGACGCCAGUGCUGCAUCUGCGCCCCAGCAUUCAACGCUUCUACCAAAUGCGUCAAAAGCACCGAAACCGAAUAGGGAUUCCUUGCGAUCACAGACACGUCAAACCGCACAUUCACCCAGAUCCAACUCCACAGGUCCUACGUCUAGGCCCACCCCGUCUAGUGCGUUUCGCGACCGCCUUCAAAAUGUAACAGGAAACAAACAGGCCUCCCGGGCUGCUACAUCAGUCGCCAUGAAAAAAUCAGCUUUUAUAAGCUAUCCUUCAUUAUCCUCAAGAAGAGAAACCGCGUCCUCACGAAUAGCGUCCACUCCUGGCUCUUAUGGUACUUCAUCUGUUCCUUUGCCCUUGGACGAUGGGACGAAGACUCCAACACCCAACAUUCCUCGCGCUCGCAAACCUCCUAGCUCAGGCUCACGAACCCUCUUGCAGAACUCCAACCGCUACCCCAUCAGGAAAGGAAGUUCUCCAGCCGUAUAGAAGGUUUCUGUAAGGAAACUGACUAACGCGCCGUAUCUGCAAGCCGUGCGGUGUAUUUCGGCGUGCUUGUCUAUGAACAUGUUCCUACGUGUCUUCUUUUUAUCCUCGAUUUCUUGCCUUGCUUGUUUUGCGCUGUUUAUAUUUUAUCCUGUUCCCCUGAUCUUAACUUCAGAAAUUCAUUCCAACCACAGAUUUCAUGUGAUUUUUAAAAUAAAAGUAUUUUCAUCAUCUCUGCCCUAAUUGGAUUUG